UGACUCUCGGGCCCGAGUCGGGCCGGAGGGUGAUGGGGCUGGGUCGGCUGCCUAGGCCGAGUCCGGGAGAGCGGCCAGAGGCAGCGGGCCUCUGGAAGGAGGAUGGAAGCGUGGCGCUGUGUGAGGAGGGGCUACAGCCGCUGUGCCGUGGGGAAAGGCCGGCAACUUCUACCUCCGGCUGCCAGCCAGAUCUCCAUAUUUGGAUGUGAAGAACCUCCUGUGAGAAGAGGACCCAACUUCCCUUUGAUCUCAGGCCUUCUAUCUCCUGCUGAGCAGAUAUCCCAUGUUACCUUAUCACCUGCAGAACCUGGGCAGAGACAGGAUUACACCAUGGGAUAUUUCUCAAAGAUUUUGCUGGAACAGACACAUCUCUAGUUGUAUGAGGUGGCCUGGAAAUGAUUCUUGGGCUCCUUAUCCAUACUUCAGCAGUCAACAUUGCCCACUAAAUUGGAGGCCACCUUGUUUGUUUCUACCUAAUAGAAAUCAGUUUCAGCAGUGGAAUUGGAGACCAGACAACUUUACACAUACAUCUUUGUUUCACCUUUCUAGUUAUAUCAUGGACUCUGAGGAAGAUAAGCCAUCAUCCAAACGUCAAAAAACUCAAGGCGUGAUAAAGCGGCAUUGGGAAUACCUCUGUCAACAUAAUAAAGAAAACCUGAAGAUCCUAGGAGAUAAACAUGUUGACCAAAAAUGUAAAGAUGAGAAGGAAAAAUUUGAGUUUUCAGUCAUGUCCUAUAAUAUCCUUUCACAGGAUUUAUUGGAAGAUAACUCAUAUCUCUAUAGACACUGCCGAAAGCCAGUCUUGAUCUGGGGCUUUAGAUUUCCCAAUAUUCUAAGAGAAAUUAAGCACAUGGAUGCAGAUAUUCUGUGUUUACAAGAAGUACAAGAAGAUCAUUAUAGAAAAGAAAUUAAGCCAAAUUUGGAAUCAUUAGGAUAUCAUUGUGAAUAUAAAAUGAGGACAGGAAGGAAACCUGAUGGCUGUGCCAUUUGCUUCAAAUGUUCCAAAUUUACACUAUUAUCUGCAAACCCUGUGGAAUUUUACCGUCGUGAUAUACCCUUAUUGGACAGAGACAAUGUUGGACUGGUAUUACUCCUGCAGCCCAAAUUUCAUUGUACUGUCUCUCCUAUUUGUGUGGCUAAUACACAUCUAUUAUAUAAUCCAAGGCGAGGGGAUAUUAAAUUGACUCAGCUGGCUAUGCUGCUGGCAGAGAUUUCCAGUGUUGCCCAUCAGAAUGAUGGCACUGUCUGCCCCAUAAUUAUUUGUGGUGACUUUAAUUCAGUUCCUGGCUCCCCACUCUACAGUUUUAUAAAGGAGGGAAAAUUGAAUUAUGAAGGACUUGCCAUAGGAAAAGUUUCUGGUCAGGAACAGUCUCCCCGUGGACAAAGAAUUUUGUCUAUUCCAAUAUGGCCUCCAAGCUUGGGUAUUUCACAGAAUUGUGUUUAUGAGAUACCACAGGUAACAAGAGUAGAAAAGGCAGAAGAGGAUGAUGUGACACAAAAACAGUUGGAAAAAACAGAGGUCCUAGUGGCAGCUAAAAAAUUAUCUUCAAACUUGCAUCACCAUUUUAGCUUGUCAUCUGUAUAUUCACAUUAUUUUCCCAACACUGGAAUUCCAGAAGUAACAACUUGUCAUUCAAAAAAUGCUGUAACAGUGGAUUACAUUUUCUAUUCUACAGAAAAGGAAACUAUUAAUACACAAGGAACAGAAGUUGCUUUUGUUGGUGGCUUGAAACUUCUGGGUAGACUGUCACUUCUUACAGAAGAAGACUUAUGGACUGUUAAUGGACUUCCUAAUGAAAAUAAUUCUUCAGAUCAUCUUCCUUUAUUGGCCAAGUUCAGGCUUGAUCUCUGACAUUAUUCUUUCAUGCAGUCUUCUUCCUUAUUAUUCCAUUCAAGGAAUAACAGUUUGCAUGCUGAUUUUGUGUGCAUAAUUUCUACAAACAUGGUCUUAAGUAAUUAUAGUAAUUUGUGAUUUAUAAAAUAUAGAUCUAAAGUUUUACAUUAAUAUUCUUUUUUAUAAACUAUUUGCCAGACUACUAAGAAAGUGGCGUUUUUCUCAGAGAUGUAAAUGCUUUUUAUUGUAAAUUUCAGUAAAAUUGACUAAUUAAAAAACAGUUCAUUUUCUUUAGUUGUUUUAGUCAAAAAAAUUUGUAAAUACUUGAAGCAAAUUUUGCUUUGAGCUCAAAAUAACUUUCCUUUGAUUUUGGUGAGCAGUGUUCUUUCAGACUACAACCAGUAUCUUUCCAGGUAUCCUCAAUGUUAUCAAGAGAUUCCCCUAAUUGUAGAGCAGUAAUUAAUUCAGAUCUGGAAAUUACGGGGAAGUUAUAUUUACAAAUAGCCAACAAAGCAUGUUAAGCAGCUUUUUAGAAAGGACUUGAAGUGAUUUUUUUUCUUAAAAACACAAACUCUGGUUCUUUUAUUAGCAUUCUUAGUCUUUAGUGUAUGACUUCAUUUUGUGAAGGAAAUUGGAAAACUCCUUAAAGGGACCAAUUGCUUUACAGGUAUUCCAGAAAUGAGCCUAAAAGAAUGAACACCUCAGAUUAAACAGAUCCGUGUUCUAGGCCACUUACCUGCAGUUGAACUGUUCCAGGUUUUCUUUUGUUUUAGUCAUUUUCAGCCCAUUCCUCCAUCUCAUUUUAAGAGGAAAACUUGCUUUUAUUCAACUAACUCAACAUUUAAUAAACAUUCACCAGCAGAACUGCAGCUUCUGCCUUCUGCAGAUAUUACAGCUACCAAAUAGAUUGCUUUUUCUUGCUGCUGCCUCAGAUAUAUGAGGAAACUUGUGAACCUGUGGAUAGUGACAAUUUUGUGACCUAACAAUUUUUCAUUGCUUUUUUAAAUUACUUUAUUGUUUACUCAUUUAUUCCUAAUUUCUUGAAUGUUUUUGUUUAGAUGAACCAUACAUCUGCUUUUUUAAAAAGUCAUGUUUAUUGCAUACAUUGUUGGAUCAAAUGAAUGCUGAAAAUAGUUUUCUAGGACUAUUGAAUUCAAAUAGAAAAAAAUGACUAUCGAAGAGAAAAUCACCCUUUUUGAAAAUCUGAAUCAAAGGACCUGUACUUUAAGUCUUAUUUUUAUGGUUAUCUUUUUUAUCAUCACUUUCAUUUCCAAAUAUAUCCUUUCCAACUCCCUUACCUAAAGAAGAAUACUUUGUAACAAAGAUUGAAAAAGGAAGAGGAGAAAAAAUUAUUUCAGUAAAACAAAAUAAUAUCACAAGAUGCUAUACUUUUAUAUUAGUCAUUUUGUACUUGUUAUAAAAAUGAAUUAAUGAUUAAUUUCCUUUAUAUACGAUAUUUCUGCCAAAAGAUGAAAGCAGUAGAGGAAAAGUUUGUACUCUUAAAAACCAUUUAGUUUAUUGAGUUUUUUAAAAAUAAGCUAGAAGACAUACCCAAAGGAAAGUAGCAUGUGAGAAUUUGCUCAGUAAAAAAUUUUACCAAACUAUUACUUGGUCAUGUUUAUAAUUUUCUGGUAAUUUAAAAGUAAUAUAUUAACUGCAUUUCUAGGGGUUUCUACAUUUCUUUUGUGCUGUCAACUUCAGAGCACUAUUGAGAUACUACAUAUUAUGCAGCUAAAUACAGUAAGUAUUAAAUCAAAAUGUCAUUAUAUUGUUUUGGUUUUGCUAAAGAAAUGAUGGAAAUGAAUCUGACUCAUCACUGAUUGUGGAUGGAUAUGAAUGAACUAACAAAGAAUCUCUUAAUAGAUUUCUUGCUGUUUUGCUGUCAAAUUAAGUUUAACUAAAGUUGUAAUAUACAGUUUUCGAUGUUUUUCAGAGUAGUGUAGCUUUAGACGUUUUCAUGGAAUACUUUAUUUUGUCAGAUUUGAGAUACAAAGUCACACCUAAUUUUAGAAUCCUCACUUUGUAGAAUGAACUAUUUCCUAUUUUUUGAAUCAAGUCAAAGGCUUUAAGUAAAUUAUCCUUAAGAAGAAAUAAUUAUCUACUUUUCUUGAUUAUCCUGAUUCUUUUGGUAAAUAGACGUUUCAUCUCCUAGAAAUUGGGUCUUGUCUUCACUGUCUAAAGGCAAAACCUGAUAAUACUGAAACAAAAUCCUAGUAGAUGAUUUCUGAUUUCAUAUGCUUCCUUAAGAAGAAAAUACUGUGAAACAUAAUGUACAGUUUAAGUGAAGAGGAAACUCAUGGCUUAGAGAAAAUGUGUAGGCUUUUACUUUUUGGUUUCAGGCUAUUAUACUUGUCAAUUAAAAAUUAACAAUAGCCUUCAUUCUUUUUUUUUUUAAUUUAUGUUAUUGUUUAUUAUUACUUUUAAAGGGCUUAGUAUUCCAAUGUACAAGCCGUGUUUUAUUAAAGAAGAAAAUAGUGUAAGAUAUAAAAUUUAUGCUCAUUGUUUGAACUGUCAAUCCAGACUCCUAAUAAUCUUCAUCAUCAUCUACCAAAUCAAUGUUAAUUAACACGGUAUUUUAAUUUAAAAAGAGGAAAAAAUCUCUCUGGGAAGUAGGAAAUGUCAGUUAAAUAGAAAAAAAUACCAUGUUGCUUUUUUUCUUUGUGAAAUAUAGUCUUUAUGGUUGAACAUCAUCUCUUUUUCUUUAAAACUUUACAGAUAUGAAAUAGUCUUCAUUCUUAGUGGUUGACUGUCCCACUAAAACAACUUAGAUAACCUGUUGAACUGUAUUGUUUCCCAAAUUGGAAGGUCAGUGAUUUGCAAGGGAUCUGUGGAUACUGUAGUUACACUGUUAAUAUUUUGUUGAUGAUUUUACCAGUGGAGAAAGUAUGGUCUUUGUGAAUGUAGUAGACUAGCCAGCUUUCCCAUCACCCUAUUAAUCUCUUGCCCUCUCAGCUUUUAAGAUCUAUGAUGAUGCUCAGUGAUAGCUGAACUAUUGGAAUAUUUAGUUGGAAAGAUAAUUUGCAUGUAAAAAAGAGGUGGGACAGAUAAAGGUAAAUAAAUGAUAAAGAGUUUUGAGAAUUAACAGAAUAUCUGAGAUUCGCAUAAAGCUUAAGGGAUAGUGAAUCAUAUUCUGCAGUAAGAUAAAAACAAAUCAAGCCAAUUCACAUUUUUAUAAGAAAUAAACCCCUGAACUUCCAAGACAUUUUUAUUAAAGUACCAUGCUGUAUAGAAACAUACAAUUGAUAAUAAAAGCAAAACCUGAAACAUGCACCUGUCUGGUAUUCCCUAAAAUACCAUUAUACAGGUUUUCAUUUAUCUAGAAAAAUAUUCACUCAAACAAUCACAAUUUUUCUUAAGUAUUAAAAAAUGCAUUUGCCAGAACAAAGUCCAAGAGAAUAAACAAGAUUCUGAUUUUACUUAAAAAAAAUAAUACAAGUUUUCACAUGGAUAUACAGCUUAUAAAACGUCAGGUGUAAGAAGACUGAAUUAAAAUUUAAAAGCUUUAUUUACCAGUAUUAAUAAUAUUUUUAAGAAAUAAUUGACUUAGAAAAAGUGAAAUACACAUAAUUUUAGAAUAAUAGAAAAUACUAAAUAUCACUUAUCGAAAUCAAGUGCACUCAAAACAGUACAAACCAUAUUUAAAAUCAGGGUUUCUGAUACACAUACAUGUAUUUCCAUGAUACAGUUUGACAAAUUUCUCUCUAGAUUAAUAAUUGGUUUUGUUUACAAGAUUAUAAAACCUUGAGAAAGAUAUUUUGCUAUACCUUAGGCUGUAGGCAAUUAAAUAAAAAUUAAUUUGAGGUAAGACAUGAUUUUUUUUUACCCAUUUUAAUAUUUUCUAAAAGUAAAUUGAUUUUCAUCUUUGACCUGGGAACAUCAAUACAUACAAGUUUGGUGGUUCAAGCUGUUGAGACUUUUGCUUUGUUCAAGCCUCAUUAUGUAGUUCAUAAAAAGGAAAAGCCUGUGAAUUCAAUCCAACUAUUUUUGAAUUUCCUCAGUUAGAAAAAAGCAGAAUGCAAUAGAAAAUCACAGUGAUAUAUUGAUUUAAGAUAUACUGCUGAUUAAAUAAUAUUCUAAAUGUAUGUACUACUUACACAUUUACAUUAUUAGCUGGCCCUUACUUUGGGAGAGUGAAUCCCCAAAGUAAGGAAUGAAUGUGAAAGAGAUAAUUUAUCAAUUGACUAAUUCAACAAGUUGGCAGUUUGAAGGAUUUCAUGUCAUCAGUAUAUUAGAAUCAAAAUACAUUCUUGUUUCUUUUUCCCCUUCUGUCAUUAAAGACAGUCUGUGUCACAAUUUGGUAUUGCUUCAUAUCUCCCUCUUAAUAUGAGUUGACAGCAUAACAAUGUUUCAGUAAAUCUCAUUAUAAAUUCCAGAAGAAUGGCUUGCAAUUUUUUAGAAAUCAUACACUCUUCAUUCUACAAAUCUUCAAGUGAUGUUGAAGAAUGUACAAAUUGCAAUUAUGAGGUACCAAUUCUACAGGAUUGUUUAUGAGCUAGUUACUGAUUACUAAAAUCUGAAUUUUAAGGGCCAUUAAAUUCAUAAACUUGUCUUUUAAAAGGCAUUGAAUAGUGACAUUUUAAAAUCUUUGACCUGAUAGGUGUUUCAGAAGAAUGUGUGGUUUUAUUUUGCUGUGACUUUUUAAGAAUAAGUUUUGUGAUUAUCUUAUGCCAUAUGAUUUAGCUCUCCCAAUCAAUAAUUGCCAUUAAUUCCAAUUUGUUGGAAGUAAUCUUAUGUAUAUUUUGAAUAUAAAGAGUAUAUUUCUCAAAAUCAAGCUUUAUGUUGAUAAAGGAUAGAUGGUUUUCAUUUUACCUACUUUCUUGCUCUUCUUGCCAAAUGAAAGAAAGUAGAAGGGGGAAAACCCUUUUACUAAAAAUAAUUUCUCUACAACAGCAAAAUUCAUCUUUAGCUGUUAUCUACUAAUAUUGUAUGCAAGUUAUAACAAGUUAUUUAGAAGUACUCUGUAAGUCAACGGGCUGCAAAAACUAUAUUCUCUAGCCAAAAGUUCCCAAUCUUAAGGCUAGAAGUUAAUGGAUAAUGUUGAGGUUAAAUGGAUAAAGAUAGCACUCUUAGGGAUUUCAAUAUGCUGGAAAAUAAAUACUUAGUAAAUGUUCUUCAUUUUCAUCCUCAAAGGAUUGUUUUAAUCAUAUUCCUAAAGUCAUUAUUUUUGAGUAAGUAGAUGAAAUGGCAUUUAUGAG